AUAUAUACUUCAUCUAUUUGAUUUGAAAAAAAUAAAUAAAUGUGUAUUUUUUAAUAGUAAAAAGCCAGACAAGCAAAAACAAAAAAAACUCUGUUUGAAGUCAAAUUAAAGGGAGAAAUUUCUGCUGUACUAAUAAUGUCAGGUCUUGUUUCAAGAACAGCUCUGAGAGUGGUGAUUGGUGUUUUGGGUAUUAUUUUCAUGGCUACUCAUCAAUCUCCAUCUCCACAUAUUGAUGGUGAUGAUGAUGAUUCUUCUCAUCCAAUAAUUUCCCAAAGAAUUAGAUUGAAAGAUGGAAGAUUUUUGGCUUAUAAAGAAAAGGGUGUCCCCAAAACCAGAUCAAAUUACAAGAUCAUUAUUGUUCAUGGCUUUGGAAGUUCUAAAGAUAUGAACUUUUUAGCUCCUCAAGAUCUGGUAGAUGAGCUUGGGAUAUAUUUCUUGCUAUAUGACCGAGCAGGGUAUGGAGAAAGCGAUCCAAACCCGAAACAUUCUGUCAAGAGUGAAGCACUAGACAUUCAAGAACUAGCUGAUCAGUUACAAAUAGGGUCUAAAUUUUAUGUCAUUGGAGUUUCAAUGGGGUCAUAUCCAACUUGGAGUUGCCUCAAAUACAUACCCGAAAGGCUAUCAGGUGUUGCUUUUGUUGUCCCGAUAGUGAAUUAUAAAUGGCCUUCUUUUCCCCGAAAGCUAAUCAAAGAUGAUUAUAGGCGAAAACUUGUUCAAUGUGGAGUUUGGAUGGCUAACUAUGUCCCUGGAUUGCUAUAUUGGUUGGUAACUCAAAAAUGGUUACCAACAACUUCUUCUGUUAUGAACCGAAAACCAGUACUGUUCAACAGCAGAGAUAUCGAUGCCCUCAAAAAAACCAAGGGAUUUCCAAUGCUCACACCGGAGAAGUUACAACACAAGGGUGUUUUCGAUACUCUUCGUGGUGAUUUUGUUGUUGCUUAUAGCGAAUGGGGUUUCGAUCCAAUGGAGCUAAGGAAUCCAUUUCCUAAUGAGAAUCGAAGUUGUGUACAUAUUUGGCAAGGUUAUGAGGAUAAAGUUGUGCCAUUUGAGCUACAAAGAUAUGUUUCAAGUAAGUUGCCUUGGAUUAAGUAUCAUGAAGUUGUUGAUGGUGGACAUUUGAUUGUGCAUUAUAAUGGUUUGUGUGAAGCAAUUUUGAGAGCACUUUUGCUUGGUGAAGAGUCUCUUGAGUAUAGACCUAACAUACCAAAAGAAAUUGUAGUUUAAUCAUAGGGAAAAAAAUUGUCAAAAAAAGUACUAUUCAUUUUUAUUUUUUGUUCUUAUUAAUUCUUUGAUUUGGAAAAAAAAAAGUUUGUUGGUUAUGAAUAUUAUUAUUGAUAGAUUUGAUUGUAAAAUUGUAUAUUAAUUGUGUUAAUUGUUUAACAAUUUAGAGAAAGAAAA